AAGAACGACUACACAACGAUUGUGACUGGUCGGUUUAAGGCCUGACGGAGAAGAACAACAAGAAGAAUUAACAGCAGCAUCAGAGGAAAAGCCAUCAACGGCAAUCAGUGGAUUUAGUGGAAAAAGAAGUUCUUGGACGGUGGCUGUAGAUGAAUAAUUAAUGUUCAAAAUGGGGCACCGUGUCGACUUAAGUUUUAUUAUCCGAAUAUGGCUAGUGUUAGUUAGUAUCAAAACCAGUCAGUGUGAGAAUGCUGAACCCAGAGCAUUAGAUUUAUCAGUUCCAUGGAGACCCAUCCCGUAUCACGUGCCUCAGCAGCAGCUGAUCAGUGUAGCCAGUUUUGAUACUACCAGCAAGGAUGAACUAGUCCAUAUAGCGCAGCACAAUGCGCAUAUCCUGAAGCAAUUCAACCAGCCCAUCACCCAGUACCAGAAUCAGAACACUCAUCAGGUGCAUCCGGUGGGUGGUCAGCAACAGUACCAUCAACAAUCCCACAAACAGUCCACCCUCUAUGGAGGUCACACAUCCGGACCCAAGUACAUGACGACACCCCUCCUGUUGACCAACAUCAGUCCGGCAGGGCCGAUGCAAACGACGGCCCGCCACGCCAAGCCCUUCGGACCCAAGUCGGAUCAAGUCACCACGCUUAAUCUGGUGCACUCGCCCACGCCGAAGCACGUAACCCCGAUGGCGGGGCAUCUGGCUCCGGUCGGAGUCAAGGCAGCCAAAUUCAAUGGCCAAUUUAGGGAACCUGUCCACAAUGCACCAUCUGCACCGCACCAGAAGUCCACCAUGAACCCGCAGCAUCCCGUGAUGAACAAACUUCAAACGCACAUGGCGGUAGGCUAUCGGCAGAAGCAGCCCGUUGCCGCGACCUCGAAUCGCUUGGAACACUACGUUAACCCCAAUCAUCUCUAUGGCACCUACAUCCAAUUCGGACAGGCCUCAAGCCCCCUCCAGUCAGCGAAAUCCAAAUUCAUCAGCCAACUCGCCAGCCAUCCUAACUUUGAUGCACAGCUCAAAGGUUUACUGCAUGCUGGCGUUGGUGGUGGCUACCAGCAAACAUUUUCCCAGAUCAAGAAUCUCCAAAAGAUGAACUACUUCCAGCAGCAGAGCAAGCUGCAGCCCUACUUCAAUCACAUCCCGUCAGCCGAAAUAGAUCUCCCGAAGAAGUUGCAUUCUUCCGUCGAGAAAGAUUCAACCAAGACCCCUGUCACCCCGUCUACUCCGCUUUUCCCGCACAUCCCUCCAAGCGUCCUGACUCCAUUCUUCCAGCAGGUUCAGCAGCAGCAGCAGAACAAGUACGGCUUCAGUCUCAAGACUCAACAUCCGGCUCCCCCAGCAGCAUCUCCCAAUCCCACGCAAUACUUCCAAGAGAAGCCUCACAAGCAUCAACAUCAAUUCGACUCCCAUCAGGUCCACCCAACCCCGCUCCAACACCACGGCACCGAAUCGUUUGGAUUCACCGCUUACCAAAAUCAUCAACAACCCCCUUUCGAACACAAACCUCAUGAGGCAAUAAAAUUCAAUGAAAACAAGCACAUAUUCAACGAAAUUCGCGAUGAAUACAGCAAGAAUCUAGUCCCACCACCUCCAAGUACCCAGCAAGCAUUCAUACCCACUAUCAUCAAUCACCCAGAACCAAGCAAAGACCCCAAAGAGAUCCUCAACAAGUACAACAUCAAAUCACACUCUCCACUUCAGGACGCCAAUCGCUUCAAUUAUGAAUCAUACGCCAGACCUAGUGCUGCAUAUCAUACUCCUACGACAACUCCAAGCACGACAUUCUAUCCUUCUUCUACCUCAUCUCAAUCCCCACCAAGCACAACCCCACGCCAGCCAUUCUAUGGGCAUACAAUCACCUUCGGCGGUGAUCACAAUAGCUUCAACAGUCAGCUGAUGGUUACUCCUGUCAGCGACGACUGGAUCGGUCGAGACAAAUUCAUCACCACCGAGAAACCCAACGUUUUCAAAAACCUCUUCAGGCAACCAGAUAACGAAUACAAGCAGCACAAGCUGAUGCAUCCGAGCUACACUGGGCUACCGCCGAACAAACGGCCUUCGCCAACAACUCCCCUGUCGACAGCUGAUGCCUCCACGGAAGAACCUGUUUUCACGCACAGUUUCUUCACAAUUGAAGAUGCAAUCUCCGACCCAACGCUCAUCCCACCAAACAAUCGCAACAAGUACAAGUACACAACUGAAGCUGAAGAGAACCGACUGGAAGACUCUCAAUCGGAGAUUGUCACCAUUGGAUCAUCAUUCUUAGAUUCCCUGGAAUUGGGCACAACCACCCCGUAUCCAAUGUUCAAGGCCAAGGGCCGAAGACGCCGUCCAAAACCAUCCACUGAACAUUCGAUCGAUUCCGAUUCCACCGAAAGUCCAGCGGAGCGUCCAAACCGCAACCGAUUCCGCUUCCGGCCACGACCUACAACGGAAGCCGAAAACGAACUGAACACGACCGCUCCUCCGCCUACUUCCUUCCUUUCGGAGGAUAGUUCUCUGAAAAAAUUACGUAAGAAGCUUCCAAACAACUUCAGUCGUAAUCGAUUGCCAUCAAACAACAACCGCGACGAAUCUGAUCCAGAGCAACAUGAACACCCUGUUACGCAAAUUUCACCGGUGACGACCACCGCCGCGUUCAGUACACCAGCUUCUUUGUUCAACUUCAACAGCGACAACAACGGACUGCGAUCGCGUUUCCGUCCAAGCAGUGGAUUCGACGUCAAACCAACGCGAACGAGAUCAAAAUUCAGUGACGAUUUCGAAGAUCCAUUCAAAUCUUCUGAGAUUACUCGCGACAGCGAAAACACUCGGCUGAACUUCAAACUGCCUAACACCAAACCAAGCCUACGGCUACCGUCAUCGUCCCCAUCGUUCGGACCCAGUACGUCAUCAACCUUCACCAGUUUCACGUCAGACGAGACCAGCGGAGAAGUCAACCGAACCAAACCCGAAUUGAACCGUCCCCGCUUCAGCAUCAAAGAAUACCGAAACAAGCCCAACCGAACGAUGUCAUCCACCAGCACCACAACAGCGUUUGGAUCGUUUGAUCUUGAAGUUACAACUCAACCGGCGACGAAGCUGCGCUUCCCAACUCGGAAUCGAUUCAUGCUGAACUCUCGGCAGAACAAAACUACCGAAUCGAACGAGGUUAUCUCCCCCAGCUCGGGUUUCGGAAGCAGCAUCAUCGGCAGCAGCAGCAGCAACAACAACAACAGCACGACUACGGAAAAGUUAGCAGUGGCUAAUGAGACCACUACCACGAGGACUUCGUUCCGACCGACGGGAACCAGAAACUACAACAGGUUCACGGUGAAGAAGGCCACUACGGAGUCACCCCAGCAGCAGCCCUCGUCGACGGUUACGUCCCGAGUGGUGAACCGUGGACGGAUUCGGUUGCAGGAUACCACCACUCAAGCGACACCGAACCGCACCUCCAUCCCAGGGACCCUGAACAGCAGCACCCUGGCAAACCGUCGCCCGGCAAAGAUCAGUCUUCGGCAGCGAAUUCAAAACUACAACCGCAAGAAGGACUCGGAUGCCGUCCUCAAGGACCAGGAACAGGAAAGCAACACCCUGCUGUACUCAUCAGACGAAGUCAAAUCCGCCGACGACCUUUCGACGUUGGGCACGAUCGACACGCAGAAUCGUUACGAAGACAGUAGUAACCCAGCGCCGUCGUCAACCAGCACCAGUACUACCACGACUGAAGGCUACCGGCAUCCGGAGACGGCAAUUAUGAAAAUCUCCCCCAAAGACUCGUCGUCGCCCAACGGUUACAAUAACAACAACAACGAUGGAGAUUGGGAUCUGAACAGCGCCUCGUCCGAUUACUCCAAACGAGUCGUCGAGCUAACGCUCUCGGCUAGCAAGGACAAGGGGUUCAAGUCGGUCAACAAGGGCCUACUGUCGAGGCGGGUCCCCGGGUACUUUACCCUAGCGACCGAAGAUCCCAUUUUGCCAAUCGAGGCGUUCUUUCCACAGGUGAAGAAAGUGAGCGCGUGAGCUGUUGAGUGCGAGAUGUUGGGCGUUGAUGAUGAUUGAGCAGUGAGA